UUCACGCAUAUCUAAGAAUGAAAUAUCACAACGCUAUGUAUAAUAGUGUACAGUAUGCAUUCCGGGUUUUUUUACUCGGACUGGGAAUUUUAUGAAAAAAAUAAUCGGGCGACUCGAGGGGUAUUCUCUAGUGAGGAUCGUAUUUUCCGAUAUGUAUUUAAACGCACCGUAAGUGUCUCUGUGUUGCUAGCUUUAGCAGCAGAUGUUUUGUUUUAUUUUGAUUUAUUUUAUGAGCACUGGUUCUCAAAAUAACUUUUCUUGAACACCUCUCGUGAUGGACAAGUAUGUCGUGCGGCUACCUAAGAAAGAGACGCCCAAGACCUCGAGGAGCACCGACAAAGUGUACAAGCAAACCACCAUAGAAUCCUUACGGAGAGUGGUCGUCAUUGAAGACAUUUUGCGCUGUAAAUCCACACUGGAGCUGCCUGGACAGAGCAAUGACAACAUGAUGAGUGCCUUGGCCGAGCUGAGCAAAAAGAUGCCCUCCAAAGAGGUGCUGAAAUCCACGAAAAUCGGUCACACCGUCAACAAACUGCGGAAGCACCCGGACCCCGAGGUGAGCUCGGCGGCCGCCGGGGUUUACUCGACUUGGAGGACGUUCGUCGAGGAGAAUUCCAACAAGCCGUCCAUCGAAGUGCGCUCGGACAAGCGAUCGGAAGAGCUCAGGAGCAAUGCCAGGAGACUCCUGGCCGAGGCCCUUGAACUCAAGGAGGACUGCGGCCUGGUAGACAACACGGAGAGGGAGGUGUUCCACCAGAGCGGCCGGCGAGUCAGCGGCCCGUACCGGAGGACGGUGCGAGCGCUGGUGUUCGCCUUCAGACGACAGCCCGAGCUGGGAGCUCAGCUGAAGCGGGACCAGGCCUCGGUCGCCCAGCUGGUGUCCAAGUAUAAGAGAUGAAUCUUUGAUUAUUAACAUUUGCUUUUUAUGCACCUAAUGUCUUCAUUGUAUUAAAUGUUAAUAGGCAUUUUAUCAUUGUGGAUGUAUUUUAAAAAUGAUUGGUUGAUGUUUUUAUACUGUGUUGAAAACGUGAAUUAAAUUUUUUUUAGAAAUUGUA